GCCUUCGAGUCCUAUUAGAAAUAUUGUAAUUACGACGCAAAUGCACAUGGACACCAUCACAAUAUUGUAAUUACACCUUAUAGCUUAGAAUAAUUACCGUUCUUUUUCUACGAGCCCUGGCUUUCCGAGUCGAGGACGUGCUGAUAACCGAAAGGCAUUUCUGUUGUUUGCCAAUACGAGUGUGAUUUAAAUGGUACUUUUGCGUGUUAGCUCUUUGAUGUCUAUCAGUACGGUAAAAAAGAAAGUUCUUAUCAAAAAAUAAACAUGGUGUCUGAAACCGUUCCACUGUCUGAGACGUAAGGACUCACCACAGGUCUUUGCACUUGGAUGAGGACUGUAAAUACGGCUUAUAGGGAACUAUUUGCACUACACUCACGAUAUAUGAGAAAACUCGUCAUUCAAUCCAAGCAGGAAGUACAAGUCUGAAUUUCUGUAUCCAAUCCAUGUACUCCAAGAAAAAAAGUUGGACACAGGAACUUUAGUUAAUAAUUCAUCUCGAAUCAAUUACGGCUAAAUUUGUGCUAAUGUUUCACGGUUUCUCAACACAGCUCCACGCUAAUGCUAGUCAAUAUUAGCUAAAAACGACAACCGCUGCUUUUAUCUAGUAACCGAAAAGAAACACGUGAACACCUUCAAGUCGGAAUAACAAGUUUUCCAGUCCUCAGUUCUGAUUUUCGAAUCGUUUACGUCUCGUGGUCACAUGACCACGACGGCAUGGAGACGGAGAUUGCUAAGUAGAAGGAAAAGAAAAGAAAAAAAAAAACAACACUCGGUCAAAGGCUUCAAAGUGAUUUGACUUUAAAUCUGAUCUGAUGUGAAUGUAUAUUACGGAAGAAAUGGGGAGGCGAUGAAUAAUCAUAUUUAUAUCUUUAUUUGUUUUUGGUCAUAAAAAUCGCUAAAUGGAGCUUUCAAAUCGCAGAGAAGCUGAUACGGCAAGAAAUUAAGGUAGCUUUGGGUCGUAGAUCAAAUCCUGAGCCAUUUUCAUAUUAGCUCGCUAUUCGGCGUGGUUUGUCAACAUUUCUCUGCUCACACACACACACACACACACACACACACACACACACACACACACACACACACACACACAAGAUCGAUCCGUCAGUUCCGCCUCAUGAUUGGAUUUUACUCUAAGAGGCUCUAUUUUGGUUCCUGAAACAAGAUUACAGUGUGUGUGUGUAAGGGAGGCCUGUUCCUUGGCCAGUUCCAUAGAAAGGAAGGUAGUCUGUGUAUGUGUGUGUAUGCGCCUCCUGCUUCCUGUUCCUCCUCCUCUCUGUCAUGGCGCGUGCUCGUCCUGCUGAUCUCUCCUCGUUGAGUGGAAAUUGAUCUCCGGUAGAGUAAAGGCGUGUUUAUCCAAACCACAGUCCACCUCCGUUAUCUUCCUCUUCGCCUCCAUGUUUUAUUCACAGCCACGUUUCAGCUUCCUGACCUAUCAACCUUACCUGUCAAUCACAGUGUCACCAUGGCGACAUGUCCACAAACAACAACAUUAGAUAUAACAUAGAAGGACUGCAUGGUGCUGAAUGACAUUACACGCAUGCACACACACACACGCACACACACACGCACACACGCACACAGCUGUAAUAGCACAGAACUUACAGCUAGUGUCUCAUACUAGUGUGGUUCAGUGUGUGUGUGUGUGUGUGUGUGUGUGUGUGUGUGUGUGUGAAUGUGAUUAGAUGAAGAGGAUGGUAUCGUAUGAACAUUAGGCUGCGCUCGGAUAUCAGAGCUAGUCUGCUGUACUUCCAGCACGACAAAGUACGGCAUCUUCACCUUCCUGCCUCGCUUCCUGUAUGAGCAGAUCCGGCGAGCUGCCAAUGCUUUCUUCCUCUUUAUCGCCCUAAUGCAGCAAAUCCCUGAUGUCUCGCCGACUGGACGCUACACCACUCUGGUGCCUCUCAUCUUCAUUCUGACUGUGGCUGGGAUUAAGGAAAUGAUUGAGGACUAUAAACGACACAAAGCAGACAACACAGUGAACAAAAAGAAGACAACAGUGUUGCGCAACGGCACAUGGCAGACUAUCAUCUGGAAACAGGUGGCAGUGGGAGACAUAGUGAAGGUGACCAAUGGGCAGCAUCUCCCCGCUGACAUGGUCAUAGUGUCCUCCAGUGAGCCUCAGGCCAUGUGUUACACUGAGACCUCAAACCUGGACGGAGAAACCAACCUGAAAAUCCGACAACUCCUCAAACCAAACUCCACUGUUCAAAGCCUCAGAGUAGACAGAAAUGGUCUCUCUCUUACAGCCAGUUUGCAGUCUGUAGAAGAGCUGAUGGGUCUGUCCGGUCGGCUGGAGUGUGAGGGACCUAACAGACACCUGUAUGACUUCACUGGCACAUUGCGACUGGACAACCAUAAUCCUGUUGCUCUCGGACCGGACCAGGUGUUACUCCGAGGAGCACAGAUUAGAAACACGCAGUGGGUUGUAGGAAUCGUCGUCUACACCGGCCAUGACUCCAAACUCAUGCAGAACUCCACGAAAGCUCCUCUGAAGCGCUCGAACGUGGAGCGAGUGAUGAACGUACAGAUCCUGGUGCUGUUUGGGAUCCUCCUUGUGAUGGCACUGGUGAGCUCUAUCGGUGCGGCCAUCUGGAACAAACAGCACAAGGACGUGGAGUGUUGGUACCUCUCCCGUACAGGCGACAUCUCACUGAACUUCUGGUACAAUCUGCUGACCUUCAUCAUUCUGUACAAUAACCUGAUUCCCAUCAGCCUGCUGGUCACACUGGAGGUCGUCAAGUUCACACAGGCCCUUUUUAUAAACUGGGACAGGGAGAUGUACUACGCUGAGACAGACACGCCCGCCAUGGCACGCACGUCCAAUCUGAACGAAGAGCUCGGCCAGGUGAAGUAUCUGUUUUCCGAUAAGACUGGCACUCUGACCUGUAACGUCAUGCAUUUUAAGAAAUGCACCAUCGCCGGGAUCACAUAUGGGCAUUUUCCAGAUCUCGACUCCGAUCGAUCCAUGGAGGAUUUCAGCCACCUUCCCUCCAGCAACCACAGCUCCACAGAGUUUGACGAUCCCGCUCUCAUCCAGAACAUAGAGAAGGAUCAUCCCACCUCUCCUGAGAUCUGUGAGUUUUUGACCAUGAUGGCCGUGUGUCACACUGUGGUUCCUGAGCGAGACGGAAACCAGAUCAUAUAUCAGGCCUCCUCACCAGACGAGGGGGCGUUGGUUAAAGGUGCCAAAAGCCUGGGCUUUGCGUUUACAGCAAGAACUCCAUGUUCAGUCAUCAUCGAAGCGCGUGGAAAAGAAUUGACAUAUGAGCUGCUUAAUGUGCUUGAAUUUUCCAGCAACCGAAAGCGCAUGUCAGUAGUGGUGCGAACUCCAGCAGGAAAACUGCGACUGUACUGCAAGGGAGCGGAUAACGUGAUCUUUGAGCGACUGAAUGAAGCCUCCCAGUAUAAAGACCUGACCAUAGCUCACCUCGAACAGUUUGCCACUGAAGGUUUACGCACUCUGUGCUUUACAUACGUGGAUCUGGAGGAGAGCGUAUAUCAUGAGUGGCUGAAGGAGUAUAAUCGUGUAAGCACAGUCCUGAAAGACCGAGCCCAGAAACUGGAGGAGUGCUACGAGCUGCUGGAGAAGGACUUGUUGUUGCUCGGAGCCACGGCUAUAGAGGACCGCCUGCAGGCGGGAGUCCCUGAGACCAUCGCCACUCUCAUGAGGGCCGACAUCAAGAUCUGGGUGCUGACCGGAGACAAACAGGAGACCGCCAUCAAUAUCGGUUAUUCUUGCAAACUGGUGUCACACGGCAUGUCCCUCAUCAUCGUCAACGAAGACUCUCUGGAUGCGACACGGGACACACUGAUCGCUCACUGCUCUUCUCUGGGUGACUCUCUGGGGAAGGAGAACGAAUUAGCGCUCAUCAUCGAUGGCCAGACGCUCAAAUACGCUCUGUCGUUUGAAGUGCGUCAAUCUUUUCUCGACUUGGCCCUGUCCUGCAAGGCUGUCAUCUGCUGCAGGGUGUCUCCUCUGCAGAAAUCAGAGAUAGUGGACAUGGUGAAGAAGCAUGUGAAGGCGAUUACGCUGGCCAUCGGAGACGGAGCCAACGACGUGGGUAUGAUCCAGACGGCACACGUCGGAGUCGGCAUCAGUGGUAACGAGGGCAUGCAGGCCACCAACUCGUCAGAUUACUCCAUAGCACAGUUCUCAUACCUUGAGAAGCUCCUGCUGGUCCACGGAGCCUGGAGCUACAACCGAGUCACUAAAUGCAUCCUGUACUGUUUUUACAAGAACGUGGUUUUAUACAUCAUAGAGCUGUGGUUUGCGUUUGUAAACGGCUUCUCGGGCCAGAUUCUGUUUGAGCGCUGGUGCAUCGGACUCUACAACGUGAUUUUCACAGCUCUCCCUCCCUUUACACUGGGGAUUUUCGAUCGUCCCUGUAGCCAACAGAACAUGCUCCGCUUCCCACAGCUGUACCGCGUCACACAGAACGCAGACGGCUUUAACACCAAGGUGUUUUGGGGUCACUGUAUAAAUGCUCUUAUCCAUUCUAUCAUUCUGUUCUGGUUUCCGCUGAAAGUACUGGAACACGACACUCCGUUCGACAACGGCAACAGCGUCGACUACCUGUUCGUGGGAAACAUCGUGUACACGUACGUGGUGGUCACGGUGUGCCUGAAAGCUGGGAUGGAGACCACAGCAUGGACGAGGUUCUCUCACCUGGCCGUUUGGGGCAGCAUGGUGCUCUGGAUGCUCUUCUUUGCUGUUUAUUCCUUUAUCUGGCCUCACAUUCCCAUUGCCCCGGACAUGCUGGGCCAGGCCGGCAGAGUCAUGCAGUGCUGGAGCUUCUGGCUGGGGUUGAUAGUGGUGCCGGCUGCGUGCCUGCUCAAAGACGUGGCGUGGAACGCAGGGAGGCGCACACUAAAGAAGACUCUCCUGGAGGAAGUGCAGGAGUUGGAGGCGCGGGCUGUCGAUCCUGGCGCGGCCGUCCUCAGAGAUGCCAGUGGUCGCAGUCUGAACGAGCGCGCCCAUCUGCUGACUCGGGUGUUCAGGAAGACACCGUCCAGCGUGGGGCGCUCCAGCUCCGUUCAGCAGACCGUCUCACAUGGCUAUGCAUUCUCCCAGGAAGAGCACGGGGUUGUGUCCCAAUCCGAGGUAGUGCGUUCUUACGACACGACCCGCCAGCGGCCCAGUCUGUAGCUACGUCAGUAACAAGAUGAUCAGUAACCAAGGCAGCAGCUGAGACUUUUUUUAAGGGACAUUUCCAUCCCACCUGAGCCUGCUGUGGCCUUACUGAAGUACCCGCACUGACGUGGACUUGGCCUGCACCACGCCGGGCCUCGCUACACACUUACCAAGCCUUUUCAGACAAGACUUAACU